UUGAAGGCAUGGCUCAGGAAUUCACCACAAGAAGAUCCUGCUCGACCUGAUCGACGAUCAUCUCACAUUGAUCCAGUGAGGCGUCACUCCGCCGGCUCCCAUCACACACAGACACACACAGACUCACACUCCGGGCCGAGCAGGUGCUUGUUGUGAGUCCCUCGUACUUCCCGUGGCUCCUCUCUCUCUUUCAGUGGGAAAGUUAACUUUGAAGUGGAAGAUGUCCGCGGAGAACAUUCUGCCCGACGAGGCGAUGUUCGCUGACUUCAGGCUCCAGUGCCUGUCCACCGACAGCUGCUGGCUGAAGAAGUACGACAACAACAGCGACAUGCAGGUGUGGGUGGAAAACCCUUCGUCCAAGAAAGGGAACAACGUCCCCAAGAACCACCGGAUCAAGUGCAAGAUGACCAUCCGGGACGUGUCCGCCACCACCAUGUACGAUGUCCUCCAUGACGGACAGUACCGGAAGAAGUGGGACCCCACCGUGCUGGAGAGCCGCGACAUCGCCCGGCUCUCCGCCAACGCUGAUGUGGGCUACUUCGCAUGGCUCUGUCCGAAGCCGAUAAAGAACCGAGAUGUGGUGACGCUGCGUUCCUGGCAGGUGAAGGAUGAAGAGUACAUGAUCGUUAACUUCUCAGUCAAACACCCGAAAUACCCCCCGAAAAGCGACCUGGUCAGGGCAAUUUCCAUCCUCACUGGCUAUUACAUCAAGCCCAUAGGACCCAGCAGCUGUGCCUUCAUAUACCUUUCACAAGCCGAUCCCAAAGGUUCUCUUCCGAAGUGGGUGGUGAACAAAGCAUCUCAAGUCCUGGCUCCGCGGGUGAUGAAGUGUUUGCACAAGGCGGGGAAGAACUACCCCGAGUGGAAGCAGCAGAACUCCCCCGACCAGAAGGCCUGGCUGUACCCGGAGCAGAACACGCUGCCCAUGAUGGACCCCGCCGAGCUGUCGAUACAGCGAGCCGACUCGCUGGAGAACGUGGACGAGAGCUCCAAGGUGGACGCCCAGGACAGCGAGGACAGUACUUAAAUUGAAGUGACGGAAGAAAGGAAGGAGGGAGCGGAGGAUGGACUGAUUAUCCUCGUGAAAACAAAAAGACUUGAGACCUCCUACUGUGUGACUUCGCCCUAAUCCUCCAGUUUUCCACAUCAGAGUGCCUUUUGGGAUGAGCAUGAAGUACAAAGUGUUUACAGCUGUCUUAACAGUAGGAAGUGAGGACCGAUCAAGUUGCCAUUCACCUCGGUCUAAGUUGAACUAAGCUAAACACGUGUCCAGUGUUGUGUUGUUCUUACAGCAGGUGUUACAGGUGUUGGGCUUUGAAUGUUGGCCUGGUGGAAGCUUUCCUUAUACAGUGGCGACUCUGUCUGGCCUUGUGCAGUCGCGUCUUAAGUAACAUGUGCACAAACCCAUUUUAAAAUGUUGGGAAAUUGAGUUACCUUUUAAUGAGGGACAAAAAAGAAGUAAGAUGAAGUAUUGUCAUCGGUGAAAGUGAAGUUAAAUACCUAAAUUUCUAACGCAACAAUUGAUUGUCAAAACAUAGACUAUUUACCCAACCUUUUUAUUUGACAAUAUGUGUCACUUUUAUUUUGGGAAAUCACAUUAUUAUUGUUUUUAAACCGGCUUCAUGAUAAUGACAUUACAUGAAACGUGCUGUUUGUGCAGCAGCUCAGAGCAUCGACCGUGAAUCCAGACAACAAUUUUCUCGUCGUUACGCCACUGAUUUUCUUUUUUAAAUGUGAAUUUUAUUCUGAAACACUCACUUAAUUUUAUUUAGUCAUGAUAAGUAAUUAAGAGUAGUUCUGCUCCAUCCUCCUUAUGUUAUACAGGAGGGCUGGGUGAAGGUUCAUUGUGACGUGCAAUUAUAGUGUAUUUAUUGAAAUCUCUAUAUAAGUUAUACAGACUGUAGACUUGCAUCGACACUCAAGGAUUAGAUCAGCAGUUGGUCUGUAAAGAUGAAAAUGUAGCUGGGUUGUACUAACAUGUAAAAUGUUAAGAAGUUUGCAUUUGUGACAGUUAAAUACCACUUUGCCUGAAGGCCUGUGAUUUUUUGUUUUAUAUAUUUAAUUGAAGUUACUCUAACCGUAGAUGAAGCCAUGUUGGAGAAACGACGCUGGAGUGUCGUCCCGCAAGCUGAGAUUGUUUAGUUCUUGCUUCUUAAGAUAUAUAUGUUAUAAACAAAAUGUCAUGGU